AUGCAGUUCGAGCAGGAUCUAAUACGUUCUGACAGCGAGAUAUCAAGGACGUUCGAGAAGCGUCGGAAAAACAUUUUUGAAGAAUUUGGUGAAAAAUUAUUAACAAGAUUCUUAAAUCAUUUAUUAAAUUCGAGCGGCACGAACAGGCAGCAAACUCAAAAAUAUGACACCUGGGCAUACGUGUGCGAGAUUGAUUCGUAUAGACAACAAAGACAUUCGGUAACUGUUGAUGUCGGUUACAUAUACAAAGAUAGUACUGCAUAUGAGAAACUCCUAAAUGAAAGAAAACAACCAGACAAGCCUUUCAAAAAUCGUCUUCACGACCAACAUAACAUGACAAUUAGCAGAAGCGUCUUGACAACCAGCACUAAAAUCCUUUGCCACGUACACUAA